AUGCCUGUGUUUUACUCACCUGUUCAAGAGAACCUGCAGAUGGGUCUGGCCUAUAUGGGAGGCUCUGUGUUCACCAACAACAGGACGGCAGACAGCGACUUCACACGGGAGCAGGAGGACGUUUCUGUGGUGAACGAGCUGGUCUCUCACCUUCCCCUGCAGAUGCUGCUGUACUUCAACAUGUUCUAUUUUCCCUGUUGGUGGUUUUCUGCUGUUUUCAUGUUAGAAGUAAAGUUCUAUUAUCUUCCUGGGUACUACCAGGCUCUGCUCAUAACCGGGAUGAUCCUCCUCACAGUCAUUGAAGUGGUCCGACUUUAUCUGGGCUACAUUGGCAACCUUAAAGAAAAGGUGCCAGAGCUGGCAGCCUUCUGGCUCCUGUCUUUCAUGUUCCAGCUGCCGGUGCUGCUGUUCUUCCUGACCGAUGAAGGAAUUAUCAUCCUGCCUCUAGAGAGAGCCGUCCACUCCCUCUACCUCCUCUUCCUGCUCGCCCAGAUCCUGGCCUCGUUCCUGGCGCUCAAGACCAUGACCCGAAAGCUCACCUUGCUCUUCUAUCUGCGCCAGCUUGGGAAGGUGGAGAGCUACCAUCACGCAGGGAUGAGCCCUGUCUAUGGGCUGCCCUACAACCGCAGUGUGCUGCCUGUGUCACCCGCCAAUGAUAUGUACCACUAA